AUGUCCAAAUUAUGGACAAGAAUAAAAGGUACAUUUUCUUCUGAAGAUCGAGUGGCACAUGAAAGAUUACGAGAGGAACGAGCCGAAUCAGCGUACGGGGCAGCAGCAUCUGAUUCGUCGAAUCGACUCUCGAAUGAUUACACUGAAUUGCGAUCUGGAAACGUGCUUUGUCCGAGUUGUAAAGGAACAGGAUGGAUACCGAGAGAACUUGAGGAGACUCUUGUCGCUUUAAUUCCUAUCAAUGAUGAUCGCUUGAAACCAAAACGAACCUUUUUAUGGGUGUGUCUAGGAGUUGGAGUCGUCUUAAUCAUUGCUUUCGUGCUGAUAUUCAUGUUAAUGCCGAGAGCUGUCAAUCUAUCACCAAAUCAUUCAGCUAUUGAUAUUAUUAAAGUUUAUAAUACAACCGAAUCUCCACCGAUGGUCUUUUUUGGAUUCAAAAACUUUGUCAACAUUUCAAAUCACAACUAUUACGCAGUGAGAGUUGUUAACACAACAUCAAAUGUAAUUAGUCGAUUUCAACCAUGGAGUAGUGAUCAAUUGGGAACAGGUCUCAAUCAUUCGUCGAUUUCAGUAGGACCAUUGAGUACAAUGGGUAAUCAACUCUUUUUCUGGAAUAAUGUCACUAUUACCGAUAUUGCAGCUGAGUAUUGUCGUGCGCCAUUCUCUCGUUUCACUUCCACUUAUGUAAACAUGCAAUUUGAUGUGGCUGUUGAUUUGGAAUAUUUUAAUCAUAAAGAACGAGUAACCCUGACAACAAUCCAACAAGUUUGUUGUGUUCCGAGUGGGAAUUGUACUUCUGGC